GGGACAGAGGCGCUUGGAGUCGGCGCACCGGUAAACCAGUGAAAUUAUUCUAAAGUGCCAACAUUCAGCCUGAAGUUUAGUGACUUUGUCUUGUUGAUGUAAGGAAACCCAGACAGACCACUAACGAUGACUUCCUUGGGGAGCAGCAGUUCCUCGGCCACAGAAUACAUCGUACGAGUCCCCAAAAAUACCAGCAAGAAGUACAACAUCAUGGCUUUCAAUGCUGGAGACCGAGUCAACUGUUCCUCCUGGACUCAGGCUCGUAUGGAAAGAGACAUGAGUGCUCGGCGGAUAUACGGGGAAGAGGAGGUGCAGGAGGGAGCAGCUGGCAGUGAGUUUGGUAAAAAGCAGCGAGAAGAAGCCCGCAGGAAGAAGUUUGGCAUCGUGACCCGUGAGUUUAAAGUGGAGGACCAGCCAUGGAUCCUAAAGGUCAAUGGCAAGGCAGGCAAAAGGUUUAAAGGUCAAAAGAAAGGGGGUGUCACAGAGAAUGCAUCCUACUACAUUUUCACACAGUGUCCUGAUGGAGCAUUUGAGGCAUUUCCUGUCCAUGGCUGGUACAAUUUCACACCUCUGGCAAAGCACCGAACUCUCACCGCCGAGGAGGCUGAGGAGGAGUGGGGCAGGAGGAACAAAGUAGUGAAUCACUUCAGCAUCAUGCUUCAGAGACGACUGAGGGAGACGGAGCGAGGGGAGGAUGAGGAAGAUGAGGGGGAGAAGUCUGGGAAGAAGAAAAAGAAGGGGAGUGGGAGAGGGGGAGAUCUGCGCAUUCACGACCUGGAAGAAGACUUGGAGAUGAGCAGUGACGACAGUGGCAGCAGUAUAGGGGAAGACGGGGAGGGCAAGGCAAAGGUGAAGAAAGAUUUUGGUAAAGGAAAAGCAAGGAAGAAGAGAAAGAGCAACGAGCACGAGGCAUUAGAGGACAGUGAUGACGGAGACUACGAGGGUCUAGAGGUGGACUACAUGUCAGAUGAAAGCAGUUCAGAUGAGGAACCAGAAAAGGGAAAGCUCAGCAAAGCAGAGGAGCACCCAAAAGGGAUCGAUGAGGCUUCUGAAAGUGAGGAGGAGAGUGAGGAGGAGAAGCCCAAUGAAGAGGAGGGAAAAGAGGAUGAAGAAGAAGAAGAUGGAAAGAAAACCCCGGUCCAAAUGGAAAAGAAGAAGAAAAAAGACAGCAGCGGAGAGUCGGACAGCUCAGACGACAGCGACAUCGAGGGAGAAACAGCCUCUGCUUUGUUUAUGAAGAAGCGCACGCCUCCUAAACGUGGAGGUGGGCGGGGCUCCGCAGGAAGCUCCAGGGCUGGAAGUCGGCCCGGGACGCCAUCCAUCGACUCUGCCACCACCUCCAACACACUCCGUGCAGCUGCAAGCAAGCUGGAGCAAGGUAAGAGGCAGACCCAGGGCCCUGGGACUGACUCACCCGCUGCCAAAAGGCUGAAGAUGGAGCCGAGCAGUCAGAGCCCCGCUCCCUCUGGGAAGAGUACACCUCAGCCCCCGUCAGGGAAGUCUACCCCCAGCUCAAGUGAUGUGCAGCUGACAGAAGAAGCGGUCCGUCGCUACCUGAUCCGUAAACCAAUGACCACCAAAGACCUGCUGAAGAAGUUCCAGACAAAGCGCACAGGUUUGAGCAGUGAGCAGACUGUCAACGUGCUGGCACAGAUCCUGAAGCGCCUCAACCCAGAGCGCAAGAACGUAAACGACAAAAUGCACUUUUACCUCACGGAGUAACUGAGCUGGGAAAGAGCUAGAAAUAAAUCUAGGUGACAUUGUUUUUGGAAAACUCUCACUUGGAAAAGAAAUGUUUGCGUCGGGAAAUGCCACACUCUUGCCUGGAUGGCAGUAUUAAAACAGAUUUUUUUUAAGCUUGUUUCUCAUAGAGAUCUCACAUAAUACAAGAGAGACCUGUAGGAUGCAGAGUAAAAAACAACUCCGCAUCUAUAUGGUCUCUCUCUAUGUGCAAAGAGUUGAACUUAGCUUGACGAAAGAAAAAAAUGUUUUUUUUCUAAUAAAACUUAAAAUCCA